CUCCGACAAUUGAGGCUUCCCCUUGAUCUUCACCACCCCGCCAUUCCGUAAAAUUCAUCUGAAGAUGUCUUCUGCAAUAUUUCGCUCGUCUUCUCCAUUGGUUCAAAUUAUCGCCCGACAGCCAUCGACGGCUAUCGCCUACCGAUCCAUUUCCAUCCUAACCCGACCUCUCACCCCCGGUUCUUUGCAAACCACGCAAGUCUUAGGGCAGAAGAAAAACAUAUCCUCCUCAACUGCCACACUAGCUCCACCUCAAAAUCAACCAAUAUUUAGUGCACCUCCUGGUCACGGUCCUUCCGGCGGAUUUUUUAGGAAGGAAAGUCUUCCCGCUAACACUAUUAUUCGGUUUGUCCCACAGCAGACAGCAUGGAUUGUAGAACGAAUGGGGAAGUUUCAUCGGAUUCUCGACCCUGGGCUGGCCAUAUUGUGGCCAAUUAUUGACAAAAUCAAGUACGUCAAGAGCUUGAAGGAAGCUGCUAUCGAGAUCCCGAGCCAAAGCGCUAUUACCGCCGAUAACGUCACACUAGAGAUGGAUGGUGUGUUAUACAUUCGAGUAUUCGACGCCUACAAAGCUAGCUAUGGUGUUGAAGAUGCCGAAUUUGCUAUUUCACAACUUGCACAGACAACUAUGCGUUCAGAAAUCGGUCAGCUUACUCUUGACCACGUCCUUAAGGAGCGUGCUGCCUUAAACAUUAACAUUACCCACGCUAUCAAUGAAGCAUCUGCCGAGUGGGGUCUUGUAUGCCUUCGUUAUGAGAUCAGGGAUAUUCAUGCCCCAAACCCUGUUCUCCAGGCAAUGCAUCGCAUGGUAUCGGCAGAGCGAAGCAAACGUGCCGAAAUUCUCGAAUCAGAAGGUCAACGUCAGUCCGCUAUCAACGUAGCCGAGGGGAAGAAACAAUCCGUCAUCUUAGCCUCUGAAGCCAAAAAAGCUGAGCAAAUAAAUUUCGCAGCUGGAGAAGCUCAAGCGAUCCUUAUGAAAGCCGACGCCACAGCCCGCGGUAUUGAAGCUGUUGCUAAAGCUAUCAGGGAGAACAAGGAAGCUGCGCAGGGGGCUGUUAGUCUGAGCGUUGCUGAGAAAUAUGUGGAAGCAUUUGGUCAACUUGCAAAGCAGAGCAAUACAGUUGUUGUGCCAGCUCAGCUCGGAGAUCUCGGUGGUAUGAUCGCCGGAGCUAUGGGAAUUUAUGGUAAGGUGGCUGAGACUCAAGCGAGUCAACAGAAAAUGCUUGGGGCGCAGCUAGAGGGAGUAAAGGCCGGUCGUGGGAAUUAGGUCGGCUCUUAGGGAGUUCACGUUGGAAAGGAGGUCUUGGAUGCUUUCGAUAUAUAUAGGCGUUGAUCCUCCGGUGGGAUAGUAGGCGAUGGGCGAUUUGGGGUGCGUAGGCACCGAGCUGGUUUUACUAAUUUGGCUCCUCUCUUUAUUUGUUCGGGCUUGCAUGAGAUCUCUGCUCUUUCUGAUACGGAAUCAAGUCCCUUUAAUGCAUUAAAUAGAUGGAUGAUGAAGGUGGUAAUAAAAAAUAAUCCCAAUUAUGUGA